AUGCCCCCUCGACGUGCUGCUCAUGAAAAGUCCAGAAACGGAUGUUUAACGUGCAAAAUUCGAAGAGUUAAAUGCGAUGAAACAACGCCCUCUUGUCGGAGAUGCACAGAGUCCGGCCGCACAUGCGAAGGGCCUGUUGUACGCCAAUUUCGGUUUGUCCAAGAGCGCUCCAUCAAUCAGGCGACCACUGGCAUUCAGUCACCACAGGCGGAAGUCUCUGUCCUGAUACCGCAACACAAUAGGAAUGAGCGUCGUGCCUUUCACUACUUCACGCAUCACGCAGCACCUGUUUAUGCCGGUGCUGUGGACGCCGGGUUCUGGGAACAUUUGGUCCCUCGACUCGUGCAGAAGUAUAACUUUGUCUGGGACACCGUUGUCUCCCUCAGCUAUCUGCUAGAGCACGUGCCAUACGCAGCCCUAACCAGUCCCGGUUCUACAGUCAAUAAUGAGCAUCGACAAGCAUUGAGACUCUACACCAGAGCCAUUGCAAGCCUUCGACAGCUUGCUGAACGUGGUGAGAUAGAUGACUCGGUCAUCGUCUUGAGCUAUAUCCUCUUCGCAUCAGUGGAAUUCCAGCAACGAAAUAUCGACACCGGGACUCAACUAAUAAAAAAGUGCUGCAAGAUUUUGACGGGAAACCUUGCUUCACCCAUUCCCAAACAGACGUCGCCUGGCGGCCAAGCCGUUCAUGAAGUGGCCACACCAUUCGUGCUGAGAAGAGCCAUUUCUAUCGCCACUAUAGAAAAUGCUAUGUCAGUUCAGCAGGUCGCAGAAACCGAUGCCAACACUCCGCCGAAGGGAGACCGGUCCACAUCCGGCAUGCAGCCGCUCGACGAAGCUCGACUACAGUUUCAUGAUCUGGUUCAGAAGUGCUUCGAGGUAAUCAGGCACGCGGACUUCAUUCCUCACCUCGACGAGAACAGCCCAGAUAGGGUAUUGUUUUUCUCAAUGCGCCAGUCCUCAUUGGAUGAACUGUUGCGAUGGAAGGCAUCGCUCAUUGCCGCACACACUGGGACUGCUGAUGUGGCAACCGAGCGGACAAAAGCGUACCUCUUAAUGUACUGGGCAUUCUGUUACAUAUCUUCGGCAGCAUGCGUCACCCUUCGCCAGACCAUUUUCGACGACUAUAUGGCACAGUUCGCUGAAAUUGUUGAGCAUGCUACUGUUUAUCUCGGGGGUAGUGGCCGAUCGACGGCGGCUGAGGCUCAACCACGAUCCAGAUUCGACCCUGGAGUCAUCCCCCCCUUGUACUUUUGUGCGACCAAAUGCAGAGAUCCGAUACUGAGACGACAAGCACUACAUUUGCUGCGUCAGGCUCCACGGCAGCAGAAUCUGUGGGCUUUUGUCGCACCUGAUCGCGUGGUCGCGAAGGUCAUAGCGGUAGAGGAGGGUGAGCCAUUGAUGAACUCUUCGCCGCGAGAGUAUGCUGGUCUGCCACUGCCACCGGAAGAACGCCGUUUCGCUUAUGUCAGUGUCGUUGGUCGUCCAGCACCGGGUGGUAUACAACGCCAAGCUCUUGAACUUUGCAGGUUUGAAUUUGCAAGUGACGGGUCGAGAAAGCUGAUUAGCGAAUAUACUUGGCUGGACGAGGCAGAGGUGCCUUAG